AUGGAGGAUUCCUCCUCUUCACUGGUCGAGGACUCUGUGACAUCCUCCUACGUGUCCACUCACCUUCAACGCGAGAGUCUGGUCACUGAUUCACUCAAGGAUCUCUCAUACUCAUUGACUGCUGUCCAUCAAUCCUCCGAGAUAUCUUCCUCUCCUACACCAUCCUUCGCUCUCUCGCCGUUUGCCUUCUCAUCUUUCUUUAUCUCACAGAGCAGUGUUCUGCCACAAGUCCUACCAUUUCCUGACUUUAACACACCUGAUCUUCAGGAAACGCUCUCGAAAAUGAGCGACUUUCCUGGAGGUCCCCAGCACCCUGUGUUUGGCAGAGCUUCGUUUUCUCUCUCGCAACCAAACCCACCGCAAGAGUCCAAUACAGGACCCCGACCCUCACUGGCCAUGGAGGUAUCUGGCACUGGGAGAAGCAUGGAAAUGAGCUCCGAUGCCCAUAUGUCGGACGCCGCAGCUCAUUCUAGCUCAUUUGCUUCUCCUGGAUUUGGGGUGCAUAGGUCUGUCGGGCGUCCACCUGCACUACCGCAGCCUCCAGGUAGUGCAGAGCAGUCGCUCCAUGUGCCCUCUGCUCUUGGGUUCUCACAGCGGGCAAAUAACUCUGGAUUUGCCCCUGUUUCUGAAUCAAAUGGUCAUCCAGGGAUCGGUGCUCAAGCGAUGAGCAUUCCUAUGAGACGAGCAGAGUCUGGCAGCCUGGCGUCUAUCGCUGGGCGUGAACGAGAGUUUGGCCGUUAUAUAAAAGAGGAAGAAGAACAAAUGUCGAGGGACGUGCCCUCUCAGUUUAUUCCCAGGCCGCCGUCCAAUAUGGCUUUGGCUACUCGGGGCAGUGAGACAUUUGCUCGUAGACCCUUCGAGAGUUGGCCAAAUGCGGGCGAACAGAUCAGAAGAUCAUGUACACGCCUCGGCGCACUUGAUCCACUCCAUUUGACACGUCAUAAAGUUCUCUUUUACUUUGGUGUUUUAACCACUCAGCAACACCUUCGCCCACAGUUCAAUUUCAUCAGAGAUGACAGCAGCGGCAGGUGGGGCGUCAAGCUCACCCUGUACGGCCAGACUCUGUCGAAACCGAACCUGUAUGGGAGCAAGAGUAGCGUCAAAGUGGAGGUGUGCCGUGAGGCUCUAGGGUGCUUAAAGCAGGACUAUGCACAGUGGACUGUGCCAGAUGAGCCUAGCGAAUAUCUCACGGCACCGGAGUGGAAUUGGGUUGAAUUGCUUGAGGCUGACAAGGAAAAAAAAGAGCACUGCAAGCAGGGUUUAAUUCCUCUCCCCAACUACACGAGGUAUAUCCACGAGAACGGAUAUCGCUACGAGGUGGAUCUGCCGGGGAUCUCGGCCUUUGGAUUCAGAAAGUUUUACAGGACGGAGAAGGAUGCAGUUGAAGCUGCUGCCCAUAGGGGCUUAUAUCUGCUCCUUAUUGAAGACCUAAAUGAUGCUAACACUUUUCCAGGACCUUCAACGUUAAAUCAGAAUGUGCUGACAUUUGUCCCUGGGACAGUUCCGAGCCAGCCAACAUGUGGAAACCAAUCUGGUAUCAUGAAUGAUUUCCCAAUACUCCAUCAAACCCAAUCGAAAACGUCGAGAGUGCGCAAAAGCCGGUCCAGGAAGAAGAAGAAGAAGAAGAAUGCCAAUGGCCCUCCAGCUCCCCCGGCAAAUUUGAUUCCCCUGCAGAGGUCUCGGAUAACGCCAAUCGAAGAUCGAGACCAGUCACAGCAACAGAGCAGAUGGAGCGUGUCACCAAGGCGUCUGAAGCAUGAAAUCAGAAUGGAGAAUACGUAUAGCGAACAACUUAAGAGGCAUCCAAACAUCGAGAUCAUCAGAGCCGAUGGGAGCGUCAACAAACAGUAUUGUGUCAAGGCCUCUUUUCCUCACGAUCCAUUUCUGGCUCGGGCUAGCGCCGACGGCAAAUUCGAAGAUGUCAACAGUGAUGUGAAUGCAGCGAAGGAAGCCUGUUGCCGAAAAGUGGUAGAAUACCUGGUCCAGUUGGUUGAAGAAGAUACCACGCUCGAAAGAGAGGCUCGUGAAGAACGUGCGAGAAUUCAGAAUUGGCACGAAGCAGCUAUGGCAAGUUUUGUUCACCAGACUCUCAGCGAGUCUCAAUCAGCCAGUUUUAGUCAUUCCCAACUUUCCAAAAAAGGAAGCUCCACUCUGUCUUGUGAUGUUGCAGGUAUUAAUACGUUCCUACCUUACUACGUUACGUUUACCAUUCAAGUGCAACUUAGAAUAAUAAAUAAACAAGCUUUUCCUACUUCCCAAGACCCUUUCUUCCCUUUAGCGCAUCACGCUAGGCCUCACUAA